GCCUGGAAACGCGUCGCUUUUUGACAGCUUCGACGGCACUUGCGCUGUCCACUCGUCCUUUGGCCCGGCCGUGCUCUCUGACACCUUCUUGCAGCUUCGCGUCCUCAGUGCGGUGCCCAUGCGCGCGGACCCUGUGUGCAGUAGACGUCCGUCCGCGUCAUCGCGGAGCCUUCUGUAUGCAUCGCCUGCCGCCGCUCCCCAACCGUCGCACGCUGUCCGCGGAACGACGUUGAACUCGCUGCCAGUAUAUGGCUCUACGCCUACGAGAGCGCGUGCCAGUGCUUCCUACCCUACGCCCAGUCCAUCUCUGCAAGCCCGUCUUCGUUCCAGCCAGAACGACUACCUCGCCGCUGCCGUACGCGAUCUUCCGAGUCGCUUCCGACGACCCGGACCUCGACCACACACCACAAGAGUGGCCCGGAGGCCUCGCGUCCCAACACCCUCUCCUCCUCUCUCCUCCUCCCAAAAGGCGCACCCCCAGUGCCACUUCACAGCCAAAGCUUCACCUUCGCGGCCCCGCACGUCCCGACUCCCCGCGCCCCCGCCGACUCCCCGCGCAGUGCACUGGCAGUCCUGCCUGCAGCUCGAGUGGACGACCGUCCGCAUCCGCAUCCAAGUCGCCGCUCGAGCCCACGCCCGACUCGCGCUCGUUCUGUCGACAGGUCACAGGACUCCGUGCCGCCCAGGCGAGGGGGCACAGGGGCGGGGUGGCGUGCAUCCCGGCGUUCAAGCUCAAGUUGGUGCGCAGCGACGCGGACGCGGAGGAACGUGUGGAACGCGUCCGAGUCCGUCCUCUCCGCCUACCCACGCACCGCCGCAGACUCCCCUGCGUAUCCCCGCCCAACAGCACGCAAGCCGCAAGCGGCAGAUCAGGGUCCCGGGCGCGUGAGCGACUCUGAGACUGCGCCGUCCGACGACAACUUACGACGGCC